AUGGGAAACCACACACAAGCAAUAGUGUUUAUCCUGGCAGGUUUGACUGAUGAUCCACAAUUGAAAAGUGUUUUUGUCUUCCUGCUUCUCACCUACUUGCUGAGCGUCACUGGCAAUCUGACCAUCAUCACACUCACCCUGGUGGAUACUCAUCUCAAGACCCCCAUGUAUUUUUUCCUUCGGAAUUUUUCCUUCUUAGAAAUUUCCUAUACUACUACAUGCAUCCCUAAAUUGUUGGUUACUAUGGCAACUGGAGACAAAACCAUUUCCUUUAAUUGUUGUGUAACUCAAGUGUUUUUUGCCUUCCUUCUUGGUGCAUCUGACUUUUACUUGCUGGCUGCCAUGUCCUAUGACCGCUAUGUUGCCAUCUGUAAGCCCCUGCAUUACACAACCAUCAUGAACAGCAAGAUCUGCAUACAACUUGUCUUCUGUUAUUGGCUUGCUGGAUUCUUUACCAUCUUUGUACCUCUCCUCCUAGGCCUAAAUCUUGAUUUCUGUGCCUCCAACAUUGUUGAUCAUUACUACUGUGAUACAACUCCCCUGCUGCAGAUCUCCUGCUCAGACACACAGCUAUUAGAGACAAUGGGAUACAUCUCUGCUUUGGUGACACUCAUAGUCACAUUGAUAAUGGUGAUAAAAUCAUAUACUUAUAUUGCCUUAGCAAUCCUAAAAAUUCCUUCAACUAAUCAGAGGAAAAGAACUUUUUCAACAUGUUCUUCUCACAUGAUUGUGAUAUCCCUUUCUUAUGGCAACUGCAUCUUCAUGUAUGUUAAACCAUCAGUCAAACAAAGAAUAUCCUUUUCCAAAGGAAUUGCAGUGCUUAAUACUUCCGUGGCUCCACUUUUGAAUCCUUUCAUCUAUACUUUGUGGAACCAGCAAGUGAAGAAAGCCUUCAUGAAUAUGGUACACAAAAUUGUUUCUUUCUCAAACAAAUGA